AUGGUUUAUUAUCGUUNAAAAAAAUUUUUAACUGAUGAUGUUAUUAGAGAUUUAUAUACAAAUGAAUCAUUAGAAUUAUUAAAUGAUGAAUGGAAACAAUUAAAUGAAGAUAGAUUUAAUUUAAGACAAAUAUAUCCAACUGGUGAUACAUCAAAAAUUGUUUUACCUUGUAAUUUAGAAAGAUUAAUUUAUAAUGCUAAAAAAAAAUUUUCUAUUUCAAAUCAAACACAAUCAAAUUUAUCACCAAGUCAAGUUAUACAAAUUUUACAAAAAUUAACACAACGUCUUAUUAUUGUUAAAGGGGAUGAUAGAUUAUCUAAAGAAGCACAAUAUAAUGCAACUAUGUUAAUGAAUAUCUUAUUACGUUCAUCAUUAUCAUCACGUCAAGUUCUUGAAAUUCAUCAUUUAACAAAUGAAGCAUUUAAUUGGCUUUGUAGUGAAAUUGAAACACGUUUUCAACAAGCACAAGUUCAACCAGGUGAAAUGGUUGGUGCUUUAGCUGCACAAUCACUUGGAGAACCAAUAACACAAAUGACAUUAAAUACAUUUCAUUAUGCUGCUAUAUCAGGUAAAAAUCAAACACUUGGUAUUCCACGUAUUAAAGAAAUAAUAAAUCUAUCAAAAAAACCUAAAACACCAUCAUUAACUGUUUAUUUAACUGGACAAGCAACAAAUAAUGUUGAACAAUGUAAACAAGUAUUAUGUCAUCUUGAACAUUGUACAUUAAGAAAAGUAACAACUAAUACAGCUAUUUAUUAUGAUCCUGAUCCACAAAAUACAGUUAUUAGUGAAGAUCAAGAAUGGGUUAAUACAUAUUAUGAAAUACCUGAUCAAAAUAUAACAAAUCUUUCACGAUGGUUAUUAAGAAUUGAAUUAGAUAGAAAAUCUAUGAUUGAUAGAGAAUCAACUAUGGAAAAAAUUUCUGAAAAAAUUUAUCAAGAUUUUGGUAAUUGUCUUAAUGUUAUAUUUAAUGAUGAUAAUGCUGAAAAACUUGUUUUAAGAAUACGUACUACGGAUCAAAUUAAUUUAUCAAUAGAAGAAGAAGAAGAACAAAAUGAUAUAAGACAUAUUGAUGAUAGUACUUUUCUUGAAUAUUUACAAUCAUCAAUGCUUUCUAAUUUAACUUUACAAGGGAUUGAAGGUAUAUCAAAAGUUUAUAUGAUUCGUUCAAUAUUUGAUGAUACAUUAAAGAAAAUUCAAAUUAAUCAUAAUGGAGAAAUUGAAAAAAUUUCUGAAUGGAUAUUAAAAACUGAUGGAACAGCUUUAAAAAAAGUUUUAUCAACGAAAAAUGUUGAUUCACAUCGAACAUAUACAAAUGAUGUUGUAGAAAUAUUUGAUGUUCUUGGAAUUGAAGCUGUACGAAAAGCAAUUGAACGUGAAAUGAAUUAUGUUAUUUCAUUUGAUGGUACUUAUAUUAAUUAUAGACAUUUAGCUUUAUUAUGUGAUGUUAUGACAACUAAAGAGCAUUUAAUGCCCUUAAAAAGACGUACAAUUAAUAAACAAGAUAUUGGACCUAUAAUGAGAUGUUCAUUUGAAAAAACUGUUGAUGCUUUAAUCGAAGCUGCUGCUCAUUCAGAAUAUGAUUCAUUAAAAGGUGUUUAUGAAAAGAUUUUACUCGGACAAUUAGCUAAGAUAGGUACUGGAUCAUUUGAUUUAUUAUUAGAUGUUAAAAAACAUUCAUCAUCCGUGAAAUUACGAGAGAAUAAUGACGAGAAGGCUUCUUCAUCUUCACCUAUAAUAUCUACAUAUUCAAUACCAUCUAGUCCAUCGUAUUGCUCAACAACAACAUUAGCUCAUGUAGCAUAA